AACAGACGUAAUGUUUAAAUAAUUGCGGAGCGCUAUGACAUCUUAAAACGCUUAAUUUUACAAAGAGGAUAUCAAACUGGUGCUGUGUUACAUAAAAAAUAUUUGUGUUUAUAUCUUUCUAGUUAUCCGGAAACUUUUUAGCCUCAAAAUGGACGGAACUACACAGAAAUUCAUAGAAAGAGGUUCCCAUAAAGGGAAAGGCCUCGCUGUAUUUACUAGUGGUGGCGAUUCCCAAGGGAUGAAUGCAGCAGUGCGUUCAGUAGUGCGAAUGGGUAUCUACCUUGGAGCCAAGGUGUACUUCAUUAGGGAAGGUUAUCAGGGCAUGGUGGAUGGUGGAGACAACAUCGAAGAAGCAAAUUGGUCUUCAGUGAGCUCUAUCAUUCAUAAAGGUGGUACCAUUAUCGGAUCGGCGCGGUGUAUGGAUUUCAAACAAAGAGAAGGGCGUUUGAAAGCUGCAUUUAACCUUAUAUCACGUGGUAUUACUAAUUUGGUAGUCAUUGGUGGUGAUGGUUCACUCACUGGUGCCAAUCUUUUCCGGCAGGAAUGGUCAAGCUUACUUGAUGAGCUGCUUAAAACCAAUAAAAUUACUAAAGAUCAAAGAGAAAAAUAUAAGUACUUGCAUAUUGCAGGAAUGGUAGGAUCUAUUGACAAUGAUUUCUGUGGUACAGAUAUGACAAUUGGAACUGAUUCAGCUCUACAUCGCAUCAUAGAAGCUAUAGAUGCUAUUGUAAGCACUGCUUACUCUCAUCAGAGGACUUUCAUUAUGGAGGUUAUGGGAAGGCAUUGCGGUUUUCUUGCAGUUUACACCGCCUUGUGUACGGAUGCUACUUAUAGUUUUAUUUGUGAAGAUCCAGCGCCCCUCAAUUGGGACCAAAAGUUGUGUGAAAAGUUAAUUGAGGAGAGGAAAUCUGGUCAACGGUUGAAUAUCAUUAUCGUGGCGGAAGGGGCUAUCGAUCGCGAAGGGAAGCCGAUCACUGCUGAACUCGUGAAGAAGGUGGUCGUGGAUAAUCUGCAACAAGAUACACGUAUUACGGUCUUGGGUCAUGUGCAGCGUGGAGGAUCCCCCUCUGCUUUCGAUAGAAUUCUGGGUUGUCGUAUGGGUGCUGAGGCAGUAAUGGCUUUGAUGGAAGCAACUCCGGAAACUGAACCCUGUGUGGUGUCCCUAGAUGGCAACCAAGCCGUGCGGUUGCCUCUCAUGGAGUGUGUGCGACGUACAAAAGCAGUCUCUCAGGCCAUGGCAGAUAAAAAUUGGGACUUAGCAGUGCAACUGCGCGGGCGCAGUUUUGCUCGUAACUUAGAAACCUACAAGAUGUUGACCCGCUUGAAGCCUCCUAAAGAAGCCUUCGACGAAUCUGGGAAACCUGUCGAAGGUUAUACAUUGGCGGUGAUGCACGUGGGCGCCCCUGCUUGCGGUAUGAACGCAGCUGUACGUUCCUUUGUGCGUAACUGCAUCUACCGCGGCGACACCGUGCUCGGUAUACAUGAUGGUAUCGAGGGACUCGUCAGCGGCAACAUUGUCAAGAUGGAGUGGUCUGACGUCACCGGCUGGGUAGCUCAAGGCGGAGCGUUUCUAGGCACGAAAAGAACACUGCCAGGAGAUAAAAAGAAGGAAAUAGCUGCUCGACUCAAACAAUUCAAUAUUCAAGGGCUUCUCAUUAUUGGUGGAUUUGAGGCUUACCAAGCUGGAUUAGAACUGUAUGAGGGUCGUAGCGAGUACCCCGAGUUCUGUAUUCCGCUGGUGAUAAUCCCCUCGACAAUAAGCAACAAUGUCCCCGGCACUGACUUCUCACUUGGCGCUGACACCGCCCUCAACGAGAUCACUGAAAUUUGCGACCGCAUCCGACAAUCUGCUCAGGGAACAAAACGUCGAGUUUUCGUUAUUGAAACUAUGGGAGGCUACUGCGGCUAUUUGGCUACUUUGGCAGGCUUGGCUGGUGGUGCUGACGCAGCAUAUAUAUAUGAGGAGAAGUUUUCAAUCAAAGAUCUACAACAGGAUGUGUAUCACAUGGCGUCGAAAAUGACUGGCGGUAUCCAACGAGGACUUAUUCUAAGAAAUGAGAAGGCCAAUGAUAAUUACAAUACAGACUUCAUUUACCGCUUGUACGCUGAGGAGGGCAAAGGACUUUUCACUGCCAGAAUGAAUGUGCUCGGACACAUGCAACAAGGUGGUUCACCGUCGCCCUUCGACCGCAAUAUGGGCACAAAACUGGCGGCAAAAUGCCUGCACUGGCUUGUCGAAGCAAUACAGAAGGGUCCAGCCAACACACCCGACUCCGCCUGCUUGCUGGGCGUUGUUAAGCGGCAAUACAAAUUUACACCUCUUGAAGAACUCAAGGCUCAAACCAACUUCUCACAAAGAAUCGCUAAGCAACAAUGGUGGAUGAAGCUUCGUCCUCUGCUGCGUAUUCUCGCCAAACACGACUCUAUAUACCAAGAGGAGGGCUUGUAUAUGACGGUCGAACAAGGCGAGAUCGAUUCAGACAAUGUCAUAUAAAUACUCAAAUUGGAUAAUGAUCUGUGACAUACAAUUAGAAUAUAAUAGUCUAAUUACAUUUCACAUGUUAUAAUCAGAGCAGUUUAUUUCGAAUAAUUAUGAUGUUGCAUGGGUGCUUGCAUAUAUUGAACCAACUUUAGAACAAUUUCAUAUUUCACCGUAAAAAAGAAUGUAUGAAAUAUAUACAAAUAUACAGUUGAUAUCAUUAUUGUUUAGCUUUGACAUGCAUGUGAAUUGAUUAAAAAAAAUUGUAAAGUAGUAUUGACUAGUUAUAUUUUAUGACAUUAAAUUAUUAGCACCUUAGAAUUAAGUACGUUGGGUAAAAAAUUUACAAAUAAAAUUAAUAAAAAAAAUCUAGGGGGUUUAGAAAUAUGUAUGUUUAUAAAAUUAAGUUAAACAAAUAACAUAUUAUCUACACUUCUCUUGUGAAACAUGAAUAAUGUAAUAAUUAUGUAUUCAGGUCAGCUAAUUAGACCUAUUUGAAUUGUAUUAACUGAUUCAUUUAUGUCGUAGGAUUUUUAUUCCAUGUAGUGUUAAAACUAGAUUUAUUAAAAUGAUAAUUCAUAUUA